AUGCCAUUAUUGAGUGAUUUAGAUUAUUCGAAUCCAGUGAAAUUACCAAUUAAUCUUGAAACUAUAGCUAUUAUCGGUGGUGGUGCUUCUGGUGCUAUUAUUUUAGAUACUUUAUUGAAAGAACCUUCAAAUAUCAAAAGAAUAGUAGUUUAUGAAAGACAAGAUAAAUUGGGUGGAAUUUGGUUAUAUAAUAAAGAUACAAUAUCUACACCAAAUGAUAUUAUAAAGUCAGGAAACUUGAAUUUUGAUAAUGAUCCACAAUUAGAUAAUCCUUUUAAGUCUAGUUAUUCUAAUUAUUUAAUCUUACCGAAAAACACUCAGGAAAGGUUCAUUGAGACUCCAAGUUAUUUUGAUAUAAAGACCAAUAUUGUAGAGAGGUUGAUGACUUAUAGUGAUGUAAAUAAAUGGAAUGUUUCAGGCUCGAGUGAAGAUGGAAAAUAUGUACCAGGCAAUAUUGUCCAAGAAUACAUUGAGAAAUAUAUAGUCCGGAAUAUAAAUGAAUCAAGAUUUGAGUUAAAGUUAGGUACUGCAGUUGAAGAUGUUGAACGAUACGAUAAAGAUCAAGGUGGUUAUGGUUUCAAGUUGACUAUUCGUACACCAUAUAAUAAAGAUCAAGAUUAUUGGUAUCAGGAUAGAUUCGAUUAUGUCAUAGUUGCAACUGGUCAUUACCACGUACCUUACAUUCCAUACGUUCCAGGUUUGAGAGAACUACAAGAAUUAAAACCUAACAUAGUUCAACAUGCUAAAUUUUUCAGGACUUCAACACCGUAUAGAAAUAAAACUGUCGUUGUAGUUGGUUCAAGAGCAUCAGGAGCAGAUUUAACUAAAUUUGUGGCUAAGGAAGAGAAUACAAGAGUGUAUCAAUCUAUAAGAAACUCGGUAAAUAUGAAGAAAUCUAAUUUUGAAAAUGUAGAAAAGAAACCAGUUAUAAGAGAGAUUACAACUGACGAUGAUGAGGUAAAGGUGGUUUUUGAAGAUGGUUCAAUUGUUUACAAUCCCGAUUAUAUCAUUUAUUGUACUGGUUAUUUAUUCUCUUAUCCGUUUUUGAACCGUUUAUUUAACAAUUCAUUAACUUAUCAAGGUCAAACAGUUGCUAAUUUAUAUCAACACACUUUUUUAAUUAAUGAACCAUUAAUAAGUAUAAUUGGAGUACCUAUUGACGCUAUCUCAUUCCGUGCCUUUGAAUACCAAGCUAUUUUAAUUGCUAGAUUUAUCACAGGUAAGAUUGCAUUACCAAGUAGACGAAUUCAAAGUGAAUGGGUAAAUGACAGAUACAAAUUAAAGAAGAAUUCAAGAGCUUAUCAUACAAUAGGUGUUGAUGAUGCAUUAGAAUACAUGACUACCUUGACUGAAUUAGGUCAAGUCUCCAGUAAAACACCAAUUGGGAGACAAUUCCCCGAGAUUACUCCAGAAAUGGUUCAAUUACAUAGAGAAUCAGGAGAGAUAUUAAGAAAAUUCUGGGAUGAAUAUUAA